GCGCGCAUCCCCCCGCCGCGUGCGUGUGUCGAUGCUCGCGAGGAGCCGCCUCCUCGGAGUCCGGACCCGCGCGCGCCGACGCCUCCUCCGCUGCUCCGCGUCCGUCCCGCGCGGCGACGGCUGCUGCUGGUGGCCCAUUGCGGGACGAAGAAGGGCGAGAGUGCUUCGUUUCGCUGUUGCUUCAGUCCACCGGUGCCCAUGCGACGUGUGUGAGCGGUUCGCGUGACGUGCGGGAAGCUCCCGCUCUGCGUGUGUGUCCGCCGCACCCCCUCGCUGCACCGUGCUCGACCCGUUCGCUCUAUGUGCUCGCCGGCUCGGCCCGUCACCUCUGUCCAGUGCACCAUCCGGACAAUGCCGGCGUCGCAUCACUAGGAUAUUCGGACGAUCCACAUUUCAGACAAACUCUGGUGUGGUGGCCGCUUAUUACUGUAUCUUUUUUUCUCUGGUUCAGAGGUUCCCAUACCCUACUUUUUCUCUUACUGUUCUUUGAGCGAAGCAACAAUUCCUUGGUUUUUAUGUAUAUAUAUAGGCUCAGGCAUAAACAUGCCGCACAUUCGACAUUUGCUCAGUGGAAUACAGUUAAGGAAGUGCGAUAACGUACAGCCACACAAGCUAAAGUGAGAGCAAGUCGGCAGAGAUCUAGCGCAUCGUCUCGUCACUCUGCAGCACACAGGGGCCAAAUGAAGAGUGCUCGCAACCUGGAAAUCUGGCCUUACUGACUGCAUAGCGGAACGGGGUUAAGCAUCGUCUUGCGUACGCGAUACAGUGAGCCCGAGGGACUUCUUCAUCGAAAACGUCUCGUCGACCGUCGUGGAUUUCGCAUUCAAGCGACCAGGAAUUUUAACCAUAGACCGCACAGUGAAUGUGAGGUCCUCUUGCACUAUAAAAAUAAUAAGCAGUCGGCAGACGCAACGAGUGCGCGCACACUGGUCGCCCGGCGACCUCGAUUCAACUCGCGUGAGUGUGACCAUCCCUACGCUAAAGGAGUGAGCGUUGCUGUGUCGUGUGUGGGUGAUCCUUUGGCGCGUCGUCGCUGGAUGCGUUGCAAGCCGUCUUGCCAGCAUCGCGAACAUGCCGGGCUUCGCUGCAGCGACGCACUGGCGGUUGCAUCUUGGCUGGCUCGUCGGCUGCUGCCUCUGGAUUUCGCGGCCUGCACGGGCCGGUGAGUACCCCGAGAGGAGCGCGCUAGUGGGCGGCUCGGCGUCACUACCCUGCAACAUCACGCCUCCGACGCUGGACGAUGCCGUGGCGCUGGUGCUGUGGUACCGCGGCGACUCCGGCACGCCCAUCUUCAGCCUGGACGCACGCAAUUCCCCGCCGGAUGCCGAGCGCACGUUCGUGGACGACUCGCUCGGCUCGCGCGCUUUCUUCAACCGGUCGGGCGCCAUGGCCACGCUGCAGCUGCAGCCCGUCAGGGACGUCGACGACGGCGAGUACCGCUGCCGCGUCGACUACAAGCGCUCGCGCACCCAGAACAGGAUCGUGCGCCUCAACGUUGUCGUGCCUCCGACGGAAGUUCUGAUAACGAAUAGGACGGGAGAGCCGUUGCGGAACCGUCCAAUUAUUGGGCCGUUCAAUGAAGGCUCCUCCCUGACGCUUGUCUGCAAGGCGCUCGGAGGUCGGCCUCCACCGCACGUUACUUGGUGGCUCGGCGGCGAGAUGGUGGAUGACUCGUACUCGCCAGCGGGAGAAGGCGUGAUGCGCAAUGACCUCGUCAUCGGCAAGCUGCAGCGCUCUGACCUGAUGGCCACGUACCGCUGCCAGGCCUCCAACAACAACCAGACCGUGCCUGUGUCCACGUCGGUGUCACUGGACCUGAACUUGCGUCCUCUGGAGGUGGACAUCGUGACGGCGCAGCCCGUGCUGCUGGACGGCCAGGUGAUUGACGUGGAAUGCCAGGCUCGCGGCGCCCAGCCCAAGGCUGCCAUACAGUGGUUCCUGGACGACGUCCCGCUGAACGGCUCCACGCUGGCCACGGAUGCCACUCGCACGACGAGCGUGCUCCACCUCGAAGCGCACGCCGACAUGAAUGGCAAGAGGCUCGCCUGCCGCGGCUUCAACCCGCACCUGCCCGACAGCGAGCUCUUCGACUACUGGGUCCUGGACGUGCACUUCAAGCCGGUGUUGCAGCUGAACCUGGUGUCGCUCGACGCCAGCAAGCAGAUCAGCGAAGGGAGCAGCGUUUACUUCGACUGCAACGUGCAGGCGAACCCGCCGGUCAAGCAGGUCGGCUGGCUCCACGAAGGGGCCCAACUAGAACCCAGUCCCGGAAUACGCAUCGAAAACGUGCGCCUGGUCAUCGACCGACUGCAGAGGCACCAGGCGGGCCACUACCAGUGCGCAGCCACCAACGAGCUCGGUCAUGGCGUCUCCGAGAAGGUCUUCCUCAUGGUCUACUACCCUCCCAAGUGCCGCGAGAAGCAGAAGACGGUCUACCAUGUGGCACGGCACGAGAUCACUAAGGUCACGUGCGACGUCGAAGCUGACCCGCCUGACGUGCGGUUCACGUGGCGCUUCAACAGCAGCCUCGAAAGCCUCGACAUCGUCGCCUUCAACCAGUCGGGCCCGCGCAGUAGCUCGGCCUUCUACACGCCUCGUCGCAAGGCCGACUACGGCGCCCUGCUUUGCAUCGCUUCCAACUCGCUCGGCCAGGGCUCGACACCGUGUGUCUUCAACAUUGUACCAGCCGGCCCCCCGAACCCUCCGGUGAACUGCAGCGUUCCGUCCAUAACGGCCACGAGCCUGACCGUUCGCUGCGAGCGAUCGCUGCAGCCUUGGCCGCUGCCCGUACACUUCCGGGCCGACGUGUACGUCGACAGUCGACUGCGGGAGCGAAUGGUUUCAAACGAUCCGCUCUUCGAAGUGGGCGACCUCGAGCCGGGCUCCAGCGUCAGCCUCUCUGUCUUCGCACUCAACGAGAAAGGAAUCAGCACGGCCGUGCCCCUAGCCCUCUCGACGCUGGUCUCGGCCAAGACUGAGCUCAUAGGGCUCCUGCCAGGCGAGGCGGCGAUGGUGUCGGCGUCGAGUCCACUGCUGGGAAUCUUGGUCGGCGUCGUUGCUCUUCUCGUCCUCAUCGCCAUCGUCAUCAUCGUCGUCAUGAAAGUAAAAACUGGAAAAAGGAAAGCAGCUGCCAAAAGAAGGAACGAAGAUGACAAGUCGCACACCCCCCUAAAGAAGGAGAUUGUAGACAUUACGGAAGUUGAAGACAAAUGCCCGGACAUUAUUCCACCGAGAAAUCUUGGAAUUGUUUCAGGUUCGGACUACUCAGAUAUUGAAAUGAAGUACGUGGAAACGCAUAUCACGGAUCGAGUUCCAUCUUACGAAAACGGAGCUGAGAAGAAAUAUCCAGAGAGUUUCACACCCACGUUAUCUGCCAACUGCUAUAUGUCAAAGCAGCGCGCGGAAGAUCUGACUUACGCCGAGCUGAGCCUGCCCCCGAGCACGCAGUCCACAUUCAGCCGGUCGCUGUCGCGCUCGGGCUGCCGCGCCGUGGUGGGCUCGCCCCCGCUGACGGGUCCUCCCGAGCCACCCACAGAGUACGCGGACAUCGACUUCGUGGCGACCCGGGCCCACGGCGAAGCCCGAUGCAGGGCGUCCCAAGGGGAAGCCAGCCAACGGUUAAAGCCCAUCACCACCAGCACCACCACGCCUAUCGUGAGUGCCGUGUGUUCGCGGGUGUGCGUGACGCCGCCGCUGCUGCCUGCGUGGAAGCCGCCAUCCUCCAGACUCUCCAUCUCCUCGCUGGCCAUCACCCCGCCGCGGUCGGACACCGGCUCGUCCUCGGUGCCUAGCUGGACGCUAUCAGAGGCCGGCGGCACGUUGCCCCUCUGCUAAAGGCGCGAAGCCCUUCUUCGCAGUCUCGCCGCCGUGCGCCUACGCACUCGUCCCAUCCGUGUGUGCGUGUGUAGGAAGUUUCCGUGCUCUCAGCGGGCUCUGAAGCAAGGGAGGCCCGAAAGCUUACAGCUGCACCAGACUUCACUGGGGACGGCGGCUGUGGUUACGCCGCGUAACCGCAAGCACAGAACCCUGCUUUGCCAAGCUCAUGAUGUGUUUGCAGACGCAAAGUGCGGUACCUGUAGAGAUGGUGCGGUAAAUGUGGUGCGGUAAACGUCGCAGUAGUGUAACUCCGCCUGCACGGGCCCAAAUUGUUUUUUUUUUGUCUUUGUCUCUCUCUCUCUCUGUGUUUCACAAGUCUAGGCAAGUGUGUAAGACGACGAAAGUUCUUGCACUCGCGCAGAGCAUUUCCUGCGGUGCCCUUGAGCCGUAGAGCGGUGACAGGAAUUGUUGAUUCAAGUCCUUGGAGCCGUAGGCCUGAUUGCGCAUUGUUUCGAAGCUACGCCACUUAAUCAUGGGGUGCUCUUCGGCUUGGUCGAAUCACAUUUAAUAAGAAAAAAGUCUCCCACUUUUGUCACCGAGAUUAUUUUGUACAGAAAGCGAAGAGGAACCCUAACGGGCCUGACCGCUAUCUCAAUGAUGUUUGCUACUGUACAGAAGCAGGAAAAGCCGAUGGUGAUGCAGUAAAUCGCUGACGUUGACGAUAUUGUGAACGAGUUCUUUGUUCGACCAGUCAAAGGAGAAUUGUCGUUCUCACUGGUCUCCUGCCACAGUGAGCGGAUCAACCGUCGCACCUGUCUUCGCUCAAUGACACGGCUGUGUGUUGGUUCUGGAGUUAAUCUGGUGGGUCUUUUUUCUUUUUUGCCGGCAUGCUGUGGUUACUGUGUGUGUGUGAAUUUCGCCAUCCCCGACUGCACAAAACCACACGCAAAUUAAAUAUAACUUGUUGACAUGUGUUAUGGUUAUGGACAUUCUCGGUGUACGAUACUUCGUGCAGUGCGUUAUCGGGCUGUACGCACAAAAACGUGCUUGCUCUUCAGGCCUACAUAUGUUAUGGAAAUGUGCGUUUUUAGAAUGUUGAUGUACAUAGCACUGCCCCGUCCCUUCUUAACAGUACAUAGUGGAUGUGUUGAAUGAAGGAACAAACUAGUUUACCAUAUUAAACGCCCGUUAUGUGGCCGUAUUUUUUUUUUUCUCUCUAGGAUUUGUGAACGCUUUAUGCGCUGCCAUACGACAAGCUUGUCCGAGGGCUUAUAGCUCUCUCGGUCCCAACAAUGUUUUUUUACUAUAUUUCUAGAGGUAAUUCUUAUUUCUAGAAUCUCCCACGUGUCCCCAGCUCACGAAGAGUACUAAGUAAACUAAGUAGAACAAGUCCUUUCUUUUUCUCUGAACUCUGUACGAAAAGCUGUCAGUCCAAUAACGAAAGAACGCCUGCUGUUCUUCUGACUUGCGGGAGUUCUGCGGCACGCCGCUUUCAAUUAGCACAGAGGUGUACGUGUCCCAUCGUUGUUGGGAGGUGUUUCAACUGCAAGCAGCGAAAUAUUUGCAAACGCAGUCGCCGUGGACCACACUCAACAGCUUUCGCGAAAUUCUGCACAGCGCGCUUGCGCUUGACGUGGGUACUUAAGUUCGUCGAAAGGUCGGAGCUAACCUUGCUUACUAUGCGCAGCUACUGUUUAUCAGUACGGCGAACGCUUGUCAGUUUUACGCCAUUGUUCAUAUGGUAACUUAGGCUAAGCAAAGACAACGUAAAGCGUGCAUGGAGACCGUUUGCCAACUGCGUCGAAAAUCGUUUUAUCGACAGCGCUUGUCAUUUAAGCUUAGCUGCUGUCAACCCCUCGUUUAAUCUAAGCCAUGAUAACACACUCAUUGUCAGGGAAAAAAGUUUCGAAUACUACCCAAAAGCGAUCUAAGGGGCUGAAUUGCAGACAGAGAUAAUAAGCCGUGCUUUCAGUGCGCUGAACACUCUCCCAAUCAAGCUUCUCACAAAACUAUUCGUACAGAUAUGCAGCUUGUUUUAUACCUUGCUUGCAAUGCAAUAUUGUUCAUCAGGCGCCUUUUUCAAAGCUGCUGCUGCUCGCUAUUUGCUUCCUUCCGUCAAAUUGAAUACUUUGCAGUCAGUCCAAAUUGCAAAAAGAAAGAAUGUAGAUAAAAAGCUAGCUGCUAAGUUGGACCCUAAAUUGGGCUUGUACCGAUCCCAGUGGCAUUUGUUCUACGUUAAAGGAGCCAUACCUUCCAUGCAAUUACUAUCAUGUAGAAUCAAUGACAAUUGGCAAUAGAAGACACCGAAAACCUUCGUUUGUCUGAAGCUUUGUCUCCGGUUACCCUGCCCAACAUUUAUCAAACCCCUCUCAGUAUUUAAACAUAGUUUAUCAGGUAUCUGCCUUUAUCUGCAAGUAACAUACAUAAACGAGACGUUCUUACCAUGUUUCAUUCAGUACGUUGGUGUUCCUCCUUCCCAAGGUCUAGCACAAAUAUUUGGAACCGUGCCGAACGCUGUGUAAGUGUUCGUGCUAAAUUCGCCGAAACGUACUGUCCGAUUUCAUAGCGUUUUUUUUUUUCUGCUAGAAACCAUCCUUUCACUUUGCAGAGAAAAUUGCCUGGGAUGGCGCAAUACGGCUACCUUCAUACUGCGCAAUCCAAGCGUCUACUUUUUCAGAAAAAAAAAUAGACCUAACCUCCUUUCAUUCACACCUUUCUUUUUUUUUUCAUCAGAAGUCUGGCAUUGUCAGAAUCAUUUUCCACUCAAUAACUGCCUUUUGAAAGCAUGGCAUAAAAAAAGAAUUGUGAGGCCAUCUCAGGAACUGAUUCACCAUGGUGCUUGCGAAAGCUCGGCAUAUUUCAGCUGGCUUGGUGCGCGCUGUUUAUUGCUGCACCUCUUCUCUCACUUGUGAUCACUACAGUGUGCUCUUUUUUUUUUCACUUGAAUUGGUGCUGCAUUGCGUAAUAUACCCUUCAGAUUUAUGCGGCAGCACGCCUGCACUGAUGAUGUAGCGACUUGCAUCUGUGCCAGACGUUUAGGUUCCAAAUGCACUCAGGGUAAAAUGAAUAUUGCUUGGCUUAAUGUUUGUCCAAUGCAAAGCAACCUUGAAAUACUAGUACAAAGGAGGAAAACAACAGUUCAAUCUACCUUUUGAAUAAGCUUUAAACAAACUCAUCAUAACGGUGUUCAACGUGUUGCUAUGACAUGUGCGGUAUUUCUGCACUUCUUAUUCAAUAUCAAGGCGCUUGUCAAAAUUUUCAUUUUUUUCAUGAGAACCAUAGUUCCUUCUGCAUGCUCUGUCAACUUUUGUCGAAGCUGGAUGUUGAUGGCAGGAAAGCAAUUUCAGCAUGAGCUCAAUUACCAUUUUUCUGCGCUUUACAGUUUGACAUGCUGACUAAUUAUCCUCCAUGCGUCGCAAUCACGCGCACCUGGAAUGAACUUAUAUUGCGCACAACCGAACAAAAAGUGCUCUGGACAUUGCGACACGCAAUGCGCAGGUCAGCAAAUGCUUAUCAGGACAUCCUAACUCGGCAAGCAGAAAUGGCGAGGUCAGUACUGCUAAACUUGAACUUUCUUUCACUACGAACUUUCACUACGCCUGAUAGUAGUGCAAAUAAUGACUUAAUGCAUACUUAACAACGAUCUUCUUAAAAUGUGCUUUUUAUUUAUUUCCUUUUUUAGCAGUUUUAAAAAUCAUAAGCAGGCAAAACAGACCUUUUUAUAAAAAAGAUCACCACCGCGAAACGUUGAGCUACUCCAGCUUUCCCUCGCAAGAGAAAAGCGCACCAGAAUCCAUUUUAUGUCAGUUUGCGUUGUCUAAGUAAGUUUCCUUAAAACCUCCAAAAUACACAGUCGAAAUGCGCGGGUUUCACUCUAAACGCGAGGUCUGGUAGAGACUCUCGUAAUCUCCUUGGAGGAGCAUGCCCUUCGAAUAGAGCAACUUAAGCAAAACGCAGAUGGGACAAUGCAACGUGUUCACGACAUGUUCCCUGGAAAAUGUUUACAGUGGAGCUGUUACGAACUUGCUGGGUUUCAAACUGCGUCCGCAGCUUCGCCGAUCUUGGGGAGAAAGAGCUGAGAGAGUGAAAGCAGAGUAUAAAAAUAGCAUCGCGCAGCAUAGCGACGUAGCGAGGGUGGGUGGAGCCUAGCGGGGGAGAAGGAGCGGCGCGCACGCGAGCGAGAUACGAAGCCAGGAAUGGCGCCCUCUCCUGUGGUGCGCGAGGCAGGGGGCAUAGGCGAGGGAGGAAGGCCUUGCUUCCCCGGCGGCUGCUAGAGUGCAUCGAUGUCCUGCUCGCCCGCCGCUCCUUACAGAGUGGAGACAACGGCGGCGUCUUCGACGGCGUUGGUCGCGCGGACGCCGUAGGGACGCGUUGUCGGCACUCGUGUGUCUUGUGUUUGGUUUGGCGCUAUAUUACUGGCUUCCCCCAGCUCCACUGGUAUCUGGUGUUUGCGAUGGCAGAGCCACGCGGAAUUUUUUUCUCUCCUUAAAGAAAGAGAAGGUAUAACAUGCCUUCCGCGGGCCAGGCUGUGCUUUCGCAGCAGUUUCUCCUUCUUACAACGUUUUUUUUUUCUUUCACGAAGUCACAUAAAGAGAAUUAACGUGACCUAAGUAAGUGGCGUGAGUAGCAGGGAGUACCAUCCUUGACCAUUUCCUCUGUUUCCUCUGGCGCCGCUCUAGGUAGAUAACCAUGCACUUUAACACACCUGCCGGAAAGUGCGUCACUGGACAAGCAAGCAUCGAGCCCCCCUUAGCUUUGAUCUUCAAAUCACUUUCGUCAUCCCUGUAUUAUAUUCGCCUCCGUGAUUACGCUGUCUGUAAACCUACAUAUUAGUGGACCGAUCUUGAGCGCAGUUUGUCACUUCAUUUUGUGACCCCUGCUCCAUGCCUUUUUAUCUGGCUUGUACUAAAGUUUUCAAACACCGUCAUCGCGUGGGAGAAGCACACAAUUACAUUCUUCCUCUUGUCGUUCUGCUGCAUCGUGUAGUUCUUAUCAGCGCUUAUAAUUUCCAGCUGGCUUAUUCCAGAAGUUAUUAUGGGCCGGUCUUUGGUAUAAUGGUGUAGCGUUAGCUGUAAACUACUUUCAGCUCAUUCGCUUAUCGUAGCACAUCAGCCACAAAGCAGAACAAAUUUUGUCUGAUAAUCAUCUCACGAAGAGCAUUAUUUGUAUUGUGAAGCAACUGCCUUAUUCUUGUAACACGCCAAAAUGUCCAGCCCUUCUUACACAAGGAAUGCAUCCCGUUCUGGUCUUCAUUUCGGUGUUGUAGGAAUCUCGGUGGUAAGGGAUCUGACGAACGAUCUCGUUCCGCGCGUCUGAUGUACCUGUAAUUGUACCUUGUGAAUACAUACUCAUUUCUCUUCGCGUGAUAAAAGUGAACAGCUUAUUCACGCGGCGUUCAUUUGUGCAAAAAAAAAAAAUACUGGCUAAGAAAAACAAAGAAGCCGCAACGACAACUGUGGCAGUGCCGGUUCUGUAGUAUUCCAAUCGAAAGACAGGUUCACGAUAUUAUUAAAGCUUGAAGUCAUUAACAGUGAAGGGAUGUCCUUGGAGCCAACAUUUCGACAAGGUUUCUUGUUUUCGUCUGGGUAAGAAAUGCCUUGAUAGGCCGAAGUGCUGUGGUCGAAACGUUGUCUACAGAGACUUCUCCUGUUCAACGACUGUUUGUUAUAUAGCAUUUUUUAAGGCUCGCUAUACGAGGACAAAUAAAGACUAGGAAUUUCCUAGGGCACUGGAACAGAAGUGUUCGGGCUAUUUGAGACGGCCUUGCUGACACUUAUGCUUACGCUGUAGCCAGGGCUCAGAGGCAUCAUCUGGCCUUUGUCAGGGAUAUUAGCUCGAUUUUUUUUGUUUAUUCCGUAGCCUAUACGAUAUGCAGAAGCGCUCCUCUAACAUUAUUUCUUGCCAAGGAAGGCUAUUUUCUUAUGCUUAUCAGUACACAGUAAAAAUGCGCACGAGAGAGUUGACGCAUGGAGGAAAUGGCAGCCAAUUAAAUAAAUCAAAGCAAAUAGGGUAAAAUUAGCUUUCCGCGAUCCUCGCUCUUGGAAAACGUGCGCGACUUCAAUUGUGCGAUUCCUGUCAGCCGAACUGUUACCUACUUUAGUGGUGUGAUUUGUUAAACGUUUCGACAUCCAGCUUUCGCAAAUCAAAUCAAGUGAACAGAGCAAGUAGUGUUCUUUUGUUUAUGCUAACAUAGAGUUUGUCUUGCAUAUGGUUGUCCUCUACUUGUUUCAGCACAAUAAUGUGCGUUUCGUUAAAAGAAAAAAAAAACAGAUUUGUUACAUCAUUCGCUUGUGCGGCCACAAACGCAAACGUGGUCCACACCACUCCUCUUUUUUUUUUCCCCCUCAUGAGCAAGCACUAGUGGUCUCGAAUGCUUCUCAGGCAUGUUACAAGGGCUCCGAUGUAUGUUACCAGACAGUCUCACACAGCAACACAUACUCUUCUACGCACGGCGGACUACACCACGUAUGGUGUUUAUUGACUGGCCCGUCGCCCACCAAAAAGAUGUUGUGACUGCCUGUGUCAUAAUCCAUUUUCGCUUCGGCUUCGAAUUGUACAUACUUGAAAUGCUCAAGAAGAGUUGUUACUUAACAGGAAAACAUUUUUGUCUUCUUAUUACGAAAGUGUUUCGUACCAUAUGGAAAUAUUGAAAAAAAAAUCCCGUGAGUGUGUUCACCCUCCAUAGUCGCUUAAAGAAACAUCUUGAAAUUGCGAAGAUUUGCUCUGGAACUGCGUAUUCUCCGACGUCUUUGAAGGCGUGCUUACAAACCAAGACUGACCGGUCUACGCAACGGCCGACGGAUGACAACACACGUCUCCAACUGAAGUGACUAUUCACGCGUGCCUUUUGCUAUCAACGGUGUGAGAAACUGUGGGGCGGUUUCAUUUAGUGGUGAAUGGGAGUUACCGAAGAGUGAGAACUGAUCGAAUGUGGCAGAGACAUUAAGAAAAACAAGUAGCACGAGUAAUAUUUGAGUGUAAAACGUUGUUUCUUGAGUGUAUGAAUGUGCAUGCGUGAAUGUGUUGAAGAGUGUAGAUUCGCACCCGAAGCAGGGUACGAACGAGAGAGAUUAAAAGAUAUCUUCUCAAAAUAUAUGUGAAUGUUUACAAGAGCUAUACUAAUUUUGGUUUUCAUUUCCUUAAAAUAAAUAAAGUUUUUAAACAGUCG